CCCCCCACGCAAGCUCCGCCCCGAUGCCGGCCACUAGGCACCGCCGCCGCCAGAGACCGGACUGCCGAUUGGUCUGUAGCACCGCCGGUCAAGCCAAAGUGUUAAGGGGCGGGGCGCGGCGCCGGGGGCGCGGCGGGGCGGGUGAGGGGCGGUGCCGCACACUCGGCCCCGCCCACUCCUCCCGCCUCGGCCCUCCUCCCGUCGGGUGGGGGCGGGGCGAGAGUAGCCCGCCCCCGCCGCUCAAGGCACCGCUUGGCUGUCAGUCUGGCGGCGGCGCGCGCCGAUUGGGCCGGCGGCUGCCGGGGAGCGGGGGCAGCAUGUUCGGAUGUGCGCUACUUAAGGUCCAGCUGCGCGAGCCAUUGACGUGUUUGGAGCGGGAGACGGCCUGGUCACUGGCGAAGCGGCUGUCCGAGGGAACUGAGAUCAUCUUUCAUCAAUAAACACUUCUGCAGAACUGUAUUUGUAAGGCUUGAGUUGGAAGAUGAAUGAGCCAGAGUAGCAUUCCCUGCCUUCCUUCAACCCAGGGAAGUAUCAGUUAAGUAGAAGAUGUCACUGGAG